AUGACUACACGAGUUUAUAUCGGAAGACUAAGCCAAGAUGCAAAUGAAAACGAUCUCUCAAGAUUUUUCAAAGGAUACGGUCGAAUCGAAGAGGUGACUGUAAAGAACGGUUUCGGAUUUGUGGAGUUUUUUGAUCACCGCGACGCGGAUGAUGCCGUUCAUGAGCUGAAUGGCAAAGAGCUUCUUGGAGGAAGAGUCAUAGUGGAGCUAGCCCGUCGACGAUCCGAAAGACGGUACCUACCUCCUCCUCGAAACGGCGGAUAUGGUUAUGAGAGAAGCAUGCCACGCUAUGGUAGGGGGAUGAUGAGGCCGCCCUUCCGGCGACCGUUGCCUCGACCGCCCCGUAGAACUUCUUACCGCGUCGCCGUAGAAAACCUUUCUAGCAGUGUUUCGUGGCGAGACCUUAAGGAUUUUAUGAGCGACGCUGGUGAAGUCGCGUUUACCGACGUGUUCCCUCAGCGCAACGAGGGCAUCGUUGAAUUUGAAACAGAAUCGGGCAUGCGAGACGCCAUUGAAACACUGAGCGGAAAGGAACUUAAUGGACGCAUUAUACGACUGGUCGAGGAAAGGCCUCGAAGCAGGGGGAACUCUCCUCGUCGUGGCGGGAGUGAUUCCGAUGGAUCGCCGAAAAGAAGGAAUCACAAAAGGUAUAAUGUAUAUGAUACUCAUGCUUGUAGCAAAAUUGCUGAUUGUUAACA